CCCAGUGGCGUAGUCAGCGCUCUACGACAACAUAGCCAGACUAGUCACUAGUCAUCUUCGCUGUGCUGUGCAUGAUGCUAUUGCUGCUCGUAUAACUGCUGCAUGCUAAAACUACAUACUUGUAGUAGAGAGACUACAGCAAAGCCAGGGUCCAAUUCAUAAAAAGAAAGCAGGCUAGUUGGGCUCACAGCAGCAGCAGCCAAGAGUUCGCACUGGCAGUAAUUCGCCGCUGCUUGCCACUCAGCUGUUCCUCUGGUUAUCAGGCAGGCAGGCAGGGUUGUUGGGUUAGGCGGUAGACAUCGAGCAAAAGCCGCUGCCGAUGCCCCUCACUUUGCUGGCCACAGUCAUGUACCUGUAUUGAAUACUACUGUUUCUCAACUGUGCGAGUGAGUCUGUGGCUCAGCUCUGUAAGUGUGCUUUUUUAAUACUUCAGUUCAUUGGUUAAUCAUGCAGUAGAGCAGCCCUGCUGUUUAACUGGACCUUUUUUGCGCUUAACUGGGCGACGGACCGCGGGUCCUUCUUUGCCUUGACUUGCGAGUGGACGGUUACAACUACGACGAAAGCUGAGCAAAGCGAGCGGCGCAUCUUCUCCGCGUUAAAGAAGUUCUGCACAAAAACAAACGGGAAAUUCACCCCUGCACCAUAAACUGUACCAUUUUGGGGUUGUCCGUUUCAUCUGCAGUGUUCCUGUAACUGAAUGGAUAGUCAACAUACCACCUAAUAUAUGUGGGUCACAUUAGGCGAUCUCUUGUCCGUGCUUCAUUUCACAGGACUCCCGUCACUGCGUUUGUUUCGUGAAUUUCUAUAAAACAAGCAUUCGACCUCUCCACUGCUAAUAUCUGACUGGCUGCCUGAUAAACUUUAAUGUUACUGUUUUGUCGCUACAUAAGUCACGCUGCCAAUAAUCGUUAGCCUCACGACUAGAGGGCGAUUGAUUAGCUAUCCGUUCCCAUUAAGCCAAAGAUAGUUGCCAAAGUAGAUAACAACAAUUACAACAACGGAAGUUCCGAAUUGAUAAAAACUGCCUAAUGUGCAUAAUUGUGUUGUGCCGGCCAAAAAACCUAUCAUUACGUUAUGGUUCUGUUAUGGUUUAGUGACUUUCUGUUACAGCAAUCGCAAGGAGGAGCUCAUCCAGCUGAUGAUGCGUGGGCUUCAAUGUGGACUGUGUCUAUCGUCUUCUCUUUAUUGACGCUUACCGUGUGAGUCUGUGCAUUCGCGGAGGAACGGGUGGCAAACUAUUGCGUUCGACCCAUUUCAUCGUCAUCUCUCGGUCUCUGGACUACCUCGUUAGGUGGGAUGUCGCGUGAUUAAGCCAAAAUAAGAGCAGCAGGGAUUGAUCAUGCCUGACGGCAGUAUCUGGAAAGCUGAUCAAAAAAUAGCAAGCCCGUGUAGCAGCCAUAACCUAACGCUUCAGGUCUAGAUUCACUGUUUGUGUCUGUGCGUCAAUGAGUGUGUAUGCGACCAUUCUGUGACUCAUAUCACCACAGCCAUUAUUAUCAUUUAUAUUAGUAAAAGAACAAUUGAAAAAGUACUGUUGCUUAAACGUGGUGCUUAGUGGUUGAGUGAUCUAUGCCAUCGGAGUCGACCUGGGCCACGGAUAGUAUCUGUGGUUGUGGCGCCGACCGUAGGCCAGCAGCGUCAACAACAAGAGACGCGACCACCGAACCUACGUCAACUGCCGUAGGAAGAAGUGGUGUUGACAACAUACACCCUGCUGUCGCGGUUGUUGAGGCUGAGGCUGCUGCCGAAGUCGCCAAUGUUGUACUUGGCGUUGUUAGCACCACCUCGACUGUUGUAGCCGUUACCAGCAGCACGACCAACGCGAUCGUUACCGAUACAACAAGUUCGGCUCCUUCUCCAGCUGCUGUCGUCGUUGAUGUUGAUGAGAACCGUGACCCUGCAUCCUCACUAGUCGAGAUUGAGUCUUCGAGUUAUCAUCAGGCAGGAAGCGACUUCGUUACUACUAGUGAAGGAGUUCCUGCUGCUUUUGUAAGUUCGAGUACGAACUUUGCCGCUACCUUCGCCUUUGCCAACGCUUCCUUUGACGUUGCUGCUCCUGCUACAUCCGCCGUUACUGAUUCAACUGUAGCAGUUGUUGUCACAACGACCACAACAACAACAACAGCAGCAGCAGCAGCAACAACAGGCAUCACAGGUACAAUCGACACUGCAAUAAGCAAGAUGGAAAAUCCGACAGCCCACCAAACUGCCGAAAUGUUUGAGGCAUUAAAAGGAGGAGAUGAACGUCUUCGCCUCCUUUACCCUGCUGUCGACGAAAGUGAAACACCGCUUCCUCGCCAGUGGAGCCCCAAAGAUAAAUUCACCUAUAUUGGUCUGUCCCUCCAUAAUCUACGAGUUCAUUAUAAAGGUACUGGGAAAAAUCACAAAGACGCAGCGAGUGUCCGUGCAACGCACCCAAUACCGGCUGCCUGUGGUAUUUACUAUUUCGAGGUCAAGAUCGUUUCCAAAGGUCGCGACGGCUAUAUGGGAGUUGGCCUGUCGGCCCACGGCGUAAAUAUGAAUCGUCUGCCGGGCUGGGACAAGCAAUCGUACGGGUAUCAUGGCGACGAUGGCCAUUCGUUCUGUUCAUCUGGAACGGGUCAGCCGUAUGGACCAACUUUUUCAACCGGCGAUGUAAUCGGUUGUGGCGUGAACUUGCUCGACAAUACCUGCUUUUAUACGAAGAACGGCGUGAACCUUGGUGUAGCCUUCCAGAACCUACCGGCAAACCUCUAUCCGACGGUUGGAUUGCAGACGCCAGGCGAAGUGAUCGAUGCAAACUUCGGACAACUACCAUUCGUAUUUGAUAUUGAGAGCGUGAUACAUGAAGCUCGUGCUCGUACAAGGGUCCAAAUCGAGACGUUUCCUGUGGCUGACAGUCAAGGCGAGUUCCAGACUACUCUUCAUAGUUUAGUACUUUCGUUUUUAAUGCACCAUGGCUAUUUAUCCACGGCUGAAUCAUUCGCAAAGGCCACGGACCAGACUAUUGACGAGCCCCUCGAAUCCAUCCGUAACCGACAGCGUGUGCGGCAAUUGGUGCUCGCCGGCCGAAUCGAAGAAGCGAUCAAUAUGACACGUCAGCUGUAUCCAGGUCUGCUGGACUCACGCAAACCAUGCCUGAGGUUCCAACUGAUGUGUCGGCAGUUUGUGGAAAUGGUCGCUGACCUUAGUGAGAAUGGACGGGAUAAUCGAAAUCAGAAUUCAGGCGAUGCCCUCGACCUCGAAGAAGGCGCUGAACGAAUGGAUAUCGAGGAGAACCCGCGGUACGCUUCGGCACUACCCGUCGUGUUCCCGGCGACAGCACUUCGAGAUUCUGACACCCGCCCGCCGGUGACACUUGAGAAGAUUAUCGAAUUUGGCAAGGAGCUCUACGAGUUAGAGAAGUCUCUCAAGGAUCCUGAUGGAAAAUACAAGCAAAUGCUAUUUGACGCGUGCGCCCUUUUGGCCUACUCGGAUCCUACGCAGAGUCCUGUUGCAUACCUUCUAUGUCCCUCGGAGAGAGAGCCUGUGUCAGCCGUGCUUAACAGUGCAAUUCUCGAGUUGCUGGGUGACAAAAGACCACCGCCUCUUGAAACGUCACUGAACCAUUGUAAACGGCUCAUCAAGCUCAUGGCUCAGAGUGGACUAGGAGCUUCGGCUUUCGCGGAUGUGGAUUCGACGCUCAACUAGAUAAUAACAACAAAGAGCACCGGCAAUAGUGUGCAGCCCAUACCAUAACAAUGGUUCCCGACGGACCCGUCACAAGUUAGGCGAGCCGCAUCCAGCUUCGACUAUCGUGUGAUCCCUUGAAAGCGCGUCUUCAGCAUCCGAUAUUAGAGAUGUCAACUUAUCACUUUCUUCAUUUAAGAAAGAAAUUUAAAUGUAUCUGAUCAGCUCUGAAGGUCGCCGCUUACUUCCCGAAGUAAACGUUAGCAAUCGAUAACUGCAAGAGUAAAGGAUGUAUUGUGUAAGCGUGGAUGCGCAUGGAUGUUAUGUGUAAGAUAAUCUGAUGUUCUUCAAGGACAUCAAAUUGGUGAGAACGCUUUCAUUUGAAAGCAAGCAAUUCGCCUGAUAUAAGUACUGUACCGUAGAGCGACCGUAUAGCAUCCGAUACGUGUUUGUGAAGGUCGGUUUAGACCCAUAAAAACAAAUGAAAGAACGACUUUUGUCCGACCCUUAACAUUUACGUUUCGAUGCCUGUAAUUUAGUGUAACCUACGUAAAGACCUAAUGACUAUACUAACUUCAUUCGUCCAAAAAUUAUUCGAUAUGCAAUUCCGAGCGUUCAGAGAAGAGGAUAACAUAAGCUGAAUUUCUAAGCGCACUUCUUUCAUCAAAAGAAAGAACAACCCUAAGAAACAUUGCUUUAUCUGUGGAAACGCAAAUAUUGGGAAAUACAAAGUAAUUAAUAAUACUAAUACUAUAUUGAAACAGCAAGCUUCUUUAUGUAAAAUCCUCUGUGGACGUUACCUGUCAUGGGUUAGCCAAAAAGUUUUGUUUCUGUCAUCGACUUGGGUUUCGCAGAAACUUCGCGUGUCUAUGGCGUUGCGCGAUCGAUGACACUGGCAGGACUAUGUAAUUAUCGCAAAUGGGUACACGUAUGUGAUUUCUCUCAUUUGGUAGCAGAGCAUUAUGGUAUACAUGCUUCACUUCUGUAGUUAAUUAAUGAACGCGCGGUCAUCAUGCUGAGUCAUUCUGUGACUAUAUGGCAACUACUGGCAGAAACUGGCAACAUAGACGUGUCAUUUUUACCUGAUAACUGGUUGAUUAAUUUGGUGUCUGAGUAAAUGAGUAUUAGAUGAUCGAUCACUCUAUAGGAAUAUUACUAUAGUAAUAAUGAGAAUUGACUGAUUCAUAGAAUGAUAAAAAAUGCUUUCUGCUUGAGCCACAUUGCUAAACAUUAUUAUUAUUAUCAUUAUUACUAAUAGUAGCGGUACUGAAAAUGGUAUGUGAACAAUGAAUAAUAUAUAUAUAUAUAUAUAUAUAUAUAUUAUGAAUGAAGACUGAACGAAUAAUCCUGUUAGUGCUUACAAUAAGAUAAUAUGAAGAUGGAGAUGAUAACAUAUGAUGGUGACAUAUGAUCUUGAAGAGCUGUUGAUGGAUACCCGAGAACGACGGAAAAAUAUUAAAUCCAUGAAGUCUAUAUUGGUAUGGUACAAUAAUAUUGCCCAGCACAUACGCGUGCCGCUAGAAAGGAUGAACUGUUGGUAAUUAAUGGACGAAUUAUUAUUGACAUUACUAUUAGGAAUAAUCAAGAAGAAAACUGCAUUAAAGAAAAAUUGUUUUUUUUUUUGUUGUUGUAGUCGUUAUUGUCACUUCUUGAGAGUUUGAAAGCAAACAAUUUGUCGAGCUUAACAUGUGACAAGUGAACAAGAAAUAAUUAUUUUUUUAAGCAUGCAUACGUAAUUACAUUGCUAAUUAGUAUUGAGUACUUAGGCCAAUAGCUAAGCACGUGCAGACCAAUCACAUGUGUGUGGGGCACACAAGGAGAAAGAAAGAGCUGACCCGGGGUGAAGGGUUAUAACGUAACGGUGUUCAUGGCGAUAAGAUGUUAAAAGGUAUCAUCCUUUGAGCAACUACAUAUAUACUAGUAAAAAAUAAUAUUAUAUACCUAGAAGUGAAGACAUAAUGGACUAUUACUAGCAGAAGUAAUAGAGGAAAUCUGUAUGAUCCCAAUAUUGCUAAUACUGGCAACAAGCUGUCUAAAACAGUUACUGUUGACUCACCUCCAGGAGAUAGUGCCAGAUUGCUAAUAUUAUUGUUCUUAUUACCAAUAUGUAACUAUGAUAUUAAUUCAAACAAAUAAUGAGAGCAUCUUGGAAUAUUCUAGCUAGAAAAUAGACAAAAGUAAUUCAGUUACAUAGGUAAAAAAAGGAAGUAGGACAAUUAAGUAUUGUGAACUUCGGGUCAGCGUAGGAGAGCGAAGCACAGUGGGUUCCCAGAUAAUACUUUCCACAGGUUUCAUCGGAAUCCUAAGGUUUACGGCCCGAUAAAACUAAAUAAAUAAGUGUCAAGAAACGUGAUUCAUUUAUUC